GUAACCGCCAGGUGUCGAUAAUAUUUACCUUUUGUUUUGACGACCUCGACUCGCGAGUAGUCGCGAGAUGUCACGCUCACUCGGCCGCGCGAUACAACUUUAUUCCGCUUUGUUUUGCGGAGGUGAGAGGACAUGGUGUAGCUGUCGCUCGAAUUUGUGCGUUGUGUUCAAUGUUUUUCUUAUUAAAAAGAAUUUAUUGAGUGAAUAGACAUAAUAAGUUUGUAGAAAAAGUGUUUAUACAUUCGAACGAAGACUGUGCAUGUGUUCGAGUAAACGAAAGAUCAGUACAUUUGCGCAAUAGUUGGUGAGACUUGAUGUCAAUAAACUUGUCGGUUGUAUUUUAUGGGAAAGGUGUGCCGCGUCGCGCUGGUACCUGUUCUCGGCGGGUGGGUGCUCGAGGCCGGGAUAGUGACUACAAGUUAAAUGCAGUUGGCUUGUGAGAGCCAUGGAGUCGUAGACAGGAUCGAGGUUACCCAAGAUGCUGGUUUUAUCAUCUGGCUGUAAUCCUCUACAUCCUUGCUUAACAUUCGAAAGAACUUGGCCUUUAUACGAACAGCAUUCAGUGAAGAAAAUAUGUAAAAGGAACACGGACACUGCAAGACUGAAUCCAAAAGUUGCCUUAAAAAUGAGCGGCGACGCAAGAUGAUGAAACGUUCACACAUAUUUUUAUACGAAUAAAAACAUUAUGCGGAAAAAGCAAAAUAGUUUUUGAAAAAUUUUUGAGCAGUAUUUUUCUAUGAAUUUAUCAUAGACGUACUUGUGUGUGGUGCUAAUAGUGUAGUGUAGUGACAUCGAUCAUAUCGAUAAGGACAGCAAUAUCGAUAGUUUAGUGAGUGAGAGUGGUGAUGGUGUGAGGACUGGAUGGUGAUGAGUACCGCGAUGAGCAGUGAGGGCGACGCGGUGAAGGUGGAGGGGGGACACGUGUCUGUCACCACUAUCAGCAUGUCGGGUCCUGAGACUAGCAACGGUCAAUUCUCGUACAGCUCGAGCGGGGUGCGCAUCAGUGUCUCUUCAGUGCCUCAUGAUGAAGACUCCACUGAUGCUGAGAUCUCCAAGAUCGACUUCACACAACAUCAGUACGAGGUGAAUAUGCGCAACAAGAAGAAACGUUCAUUGAGCGGUGCGCCCGAAGUGUCCAGCAAUGAACGGGAGCGACCCAUGUCCUGGGAAGGAGAGCUAUCCGACUCCGAGAUGGUCAUAGACACCGGUGGCAAUAAUGACGAAAACAGCAGUUCCCUAGACCUCCAAUCGUCGAGGGAUUCAAUCGACACGCUUCGCAACGUGAGCAUCAAGACGGAACCUGUCAAGACUGAGGGCUUCCAAGGUGUGGAUGACCAGCGGGUCCUGGACCUGAAGUACAGCGCCCCGCUGCAGCCACACCAGCGGAGUCUUAGUAUGAAUAGGAUAUCAGUGCUCACAGACGGUACCUCCCUCUCUCUUGCAAGACGGCCCUCCUCUCCGACCAGUAGUGCCAAAUCCCUCGCAUUGAGUGACCAGGGAUCAACACAUAUGCCACAUACGGGACUCGAUCAAGUACAGAACCUGACCAUCAAGAAGGAAACGCAGCUAUCAGAACUAAAAUGCGAGCAGGGGGUGGGCAUGGACAAGCUGAUAGGCGCGCUGCACGGCUCGCCGCUGCUGGGCCGCCUGCCGCGCGUCCAGUCCAGCGCCAGCACCGACUCCGCCGUGCACUCCAUGUAUACGCACAGCGUAUACAGCAGUCCGUCGGCGAGUCCGCGCGCGUCCCGGCACUACACGCCCUCCCUGUCGCGCAACAACAGCGACGCCUCCCACUCCUCCUGCUACUCCUACAGCUCCGAGUUCUCGCCCACACACUCGCCGGUGCAGGGUCGCCACCCACACGUAAUGUACCGAGAAGCGGCAGCUGCAUACGACGGCACUCACGAGGAUGAGCCCGAUGCUCCUGAGGACAGGCUGCAUCAUCACCAGGGUAUCAGCAGACAACAGCUUAUCAAUAGUCCAUGCCCAAUCUGCGGAGACAAGAUCAGCGGCUUCCACUACGGCAUAUUCUCGUGUGAGUCGUGCAAGGGUUUCUUCAAGCGAACGGUGCAGAACCGCAAGAACUACAUGUGUCUCCGAGGGGGGAACUGUCCGGUCACCGUCACUACUCGCAAGAAGUGUCCAGCUUGCAGAUUUGACAAGUGUCUAGGAUGUGGCAUGAAACUUGAAGCAAUCCGCGAGGACCGCACCCGCGGCGGGCGCUCGACGUACCAGUGCUCGUACUCGCUGUCGGGCGCGGCCAGCACGGGCUCGCUCCUGUCCGCGCACGCGCCCACCACGCUGCGGCACGCCUCCAGUCUCACUAGCGUUAACGGCCCCGGCUCAUACAGCAGCCGAGGCGAGUCCAGUAACAGCCAAGUUACGCCAGAUAUACCGCCGUUAUUGCAGGAAAUAAUGGACGUGGAACAUCUAUGGCAAUACAACGAGUCUGAGCUAAGUAGACUGGGCAAGUCGACGGGGGGCAGUCCGUCGGCCAACCCCCUACUGGCAGCGAGCGGGAUCACGGCGCACAACUCGAGCCCCGACUUCCUCGCCGACCUCUGCAACAUCGCCGACCAUCGCCUCUACAAGAUCGUCAAGUGGUGCAAGAGUUUACCGCUCUUUAAGAAUAUUUCGAUCGACGACCAGAUCUGCCUGCUGAUAAACAGUUGGUGCGAGUUGCUGGUACUGUCGUGUUGUUACCGCGGCGUCAGCACGCCCGGGGAGGUGCGGGUGGGCGGCGGACGGGGCAUCACGCUGCAUCAGAGCGCUAAGUUGGGUCUAACGCCGUGCAUCGAGCGCAUGCUGAGUUUCACCGACCACCUGAGGCGGCUGCGAGUGGACCGCUACGAGUACGUGGCGCUCAAAGUCAUCGUACUACUCACUUCAGACGCUCCAGAUUUGCGUGAAGUGGAGAAAGUGAGAGCGUCGCAAGAGAAGGCGCUGGCCGCCCUACAAGCGUACAUCGCGACCCACUCGCCCGGCACGCCCGCCAAGUUCGGAGAGCUACUGCUGCGCAUACCUGAACUGCAGAGGACUUGCCAGUUCUUCAUGCAAGUCGGCAAAGAAAUGUUGAAUCCGGCCAACAAAAGCAAAGACGGUGAUGGACCAAGCUUCAACUUGCUCAUGGAACUGCUGCGCGGCGACCACUGACCUCUCCUCGACUCAAGCUCACCUCAUACCGACCUCAAGGUCAUCACACGACGACCUCAAGGUCAUCACACGACAACCUCGGUCAUCACACGACGACUCAAGGUCAAAUCCAUACAUUGCUCAAGAAUAAAAUAAGUGAAUCCUCUCUAUAACGACAAGGAUCAUCAAUGAAUUAAAAAAAAAAAACUAGUCUGCUCUCCUUCAUAGGAUUGCCUUAACAAGCCUUAAAAAAUAUUUUGGAAAAAUAUACUCGGUUAUGCUUGUGUGUUUCUACGGCGAUCAUCAUCGAAUCAAUCAUUAACAUACUUAAAAAUCGAUUAAUCAUUACUUGUUUGGCCUUCGCACGUGAAAAGACUGCAUUUGAUAAAUUCAUCAUCGUUUUUGUUUUUCUAUGUACAGUUAGCAGUAAAAGUCGCCUGCAUACUGAAAUGCUACUCUAUAUUGUUCUUAAAUAUCAUGCUAUCUCUGUCAUUUAGUAAGAAUUUAUGAUGACAGAAUUAGAAAUUCUUGAGAGUGUCUUAAAAUUGAUUCACCUUUGAGUAUUUGACCAUAAACAAUGUUAUGUUAGUUAGAAACAGCAGUGAAAUGCAAAUGCGGGUAUAAAAUUGAAAUACAUAUUAUGUGUAUCCAAACUUAUCUUAUUUUUGCAUUAAUUUCAGAAUCUGCGAAUGGAUUCCACAUACCUCUUUUGACAAAAAUCUAUUUCAAUAUUAUCUCUUUUGACUACUGUAACCUUAGUACGCGCUGUCGUUUCGAUUACUUUAAACGUAUUUACGUUUGUUGGCGCUCAGAUUGGACGGUUUAUUUGGCUUGGCCAAUAAGAACCCCGAACGCGCUCUCGUUUCGAUAACAUAAAACGUAAAGCAACUCAUACUAAGGGUACUGUACUGCUGACUGUACAUUACAUUUUUAAUCAGAUUAAAACAAAAUGUUAUUUUCAAUUAGCAAGGAUGCUAAGGAGCUUAUUUAAUCCUCGUGUUAUUUAAUAAUUAAUCAAUUCAUUAAUUUGAUAAAAAAUCAGAUGUUCUCACUUAUCAUUCGUUCAUAACUAAAAACAUUUAUUAUCAAAUAAGUGCCAAUCUAGCUAAUAAUAUUGCAUUUAAUCUGUAUGUCCGUCUGGUAAGCUCUCCUCAAACUUUUCUACAUCUAUUUUUUAUUUUACAUAGGGCAACACUUUAUAACAUUUGAAAAAGUCCUUCCACAGUGUUGCCCGUGAUAUAAAAAUAACGCUUUCCAACGACAUGACAUUGUAAUAAAAAAAAAACAUACACUGCCAAUUGCUUUUAUAUGUGUGUUUAAUAUUUUAUUAAAUGUAAGGCCAAGGGAUCAAUGGUUAGAUAGAUUUUACAUGAACUAAAUACCUAUUUAUAACAAACACUUGAUGUGUUUGUCAACAAUAUUAAAGAUUUCUAAAAGGCUGGUCCUAAUAAAAUAAAAAAAUAUUCUUAAAUAUAAAAAUUCAACGAAAUAAAAGCCACAAGUUAGUACAUUCUAGUACUAUUAUUUUGUACUAAUGUUUAAACGAGUUUGGGGCCUUCAAACUAGCGAGUAAAACAAGAACUGAGUCUUGCCUCUGCAUUUUUAUAACAAUUUUUCUAGAUGAUGAAUUUAGGUGAUUUUAAGGUAAGCGUCCACAGGCCCGUAUCGUACGCAUCGCACGCUGUAUGACGUCAUCAGUACGCAUCGUAUGUAGGCAUUGCUGAUGGUGCGGCCGUGGAAGCAGUUGUAUGAGUUUCUAUACAAGACAAACUAAAAUCCGUUGCGUGCGAUGCGUACGAUGCGGGGCUGUGGACGCUUACCUUAUUUGUGUGUCGAGAGCCAAGUGGAUAUUAGAAAUAUGACAAAAAUACAACGAUUUUUACCUAUUAUGGUAUAUUAUGUGUGCGCUAACAAGAUUUUGACAAGAGGACUGUUUAAUGAAACAUUUAGUUUCAUAAUUAUGUAUUUAUUAUGAAAAUAACUCAUUUUUAAGGGAUGUCUUUAUAAUCAUUGCCAUUUUGAAUAAGUUACUUAAUUAAUAGUGUAGAGUUGUUAAUAUGUGCAGCUUAGAUAUAAACUUAGACAUUUUCUAUUUUCUGAGGGUGAAACCUUCAGGGGAUCGAGGUAAUAUUAAAGUUUUUAUAAAAAACUCAUUUUUAAGUUAUAAAUUCGUUUGUUUUGAAAAUUUCGUAUUAUACAAUACGUUGGAUUUAUUACUUUGCUUUUUUUAAAUAAGGUGUUGGUGCAAUACUUAGCAUAAAGUGUCAAUGUGUGCAUUUUUCCGUUAAAAUUUUAAUUUUUAAAUUCCUGUACCUUUAUGCUAUGUCUUCGCCGUUUUCUAACAAAGCUGGCAACACAGCUUUGUCAAACCAGUCAUUCACUGCCGAUUUGUAAAAUAAGACAUUGCUAUGAGCAAACUCUCUUUAUCGCAAUACUUAUUAAUUUUAAAAGAAAAUAUUCUCAAUAAGUAGUUUAUAGAGUUAGUAUUAAAAUUGUAGUUUGUAGUUUUUAUAUAUAAAUAAAUCUUAGAAAUGCCUUAAAACUAUUACAUGAAACCUUUAGUAAUUUUCUAAAUCAAAAAACAUCGUAGGUUUAAUUAUGAUACACACUGCCUAGAGGGCGCUACGAUCGCUUAAAUACUUGUCAUUGCAACAUUCCAUACAGAAGUUAUGAACAUUUAUAAUUGAAUUGGAUUUAAGUUCGUAGUAAAAUCUAGGCAGCCUAAAUCUAAAUCUAUAGCCAUCGGUUGCUCACAAAUCGCGUCUUUAUAUUGUAAACUGUAAAGUCGAGUUUUGUAAAUCAAGUUUACGUUAAUCAAAUCAUGGCGUUUUAAAAAUACAGUCACAUUGUGCUGAGCUAAUCCAAUUCUAUGUCGAUACUAUUAUUAUCUUGUUCCGAUAGUAUUUAGCUUGUUUUACGUUUAAAGUACGGUAAUCGAAAAAAGAGCGCGUUCGGCGUUCUAUGCCCGUUGAAUGAAAACGAAACGAGAUCGUGUUAGGCGCUCUGCUUGGUCGUUGCGAAUGUACCAAUCAAUCGGCGUGCCGAAUGCUCCCGUUUCGAUUUCGUUAAACGUAAAGCAAACUCAUACUAAGGGCACUGAUUGGUUGUUUUAUUCGAGCCGACCAAUCAGAGCGCCGAACGCGUUCUCGUUUCGAUUACUUUAAACGGAAAUCAAACUUAUACUAAAGAGUAAUGGCAGAUGAAGUAGCAGCUAAAGAUUAAAAAAGAACACAAGUUUUGCAUAAUAAAGAUCGCCUUGUAUCGAAAAGAUAAAGAGUUUCAAAAAUAUUAUGUACUCGCAUAUUUAAUCAAAAAUAUUCAAUGUAAGUAGCUAUUACACUUUAAAAACAAUUUUAAAUAUGUAGUUAAAUUGUUUGGGUGAAACGCUUGGCAGUUAUUUUCAUAUCAUUGUAGCUUUUGUACUUUUUUAGAAAAAGAUAACAAUAAUUUUGUAAAGAACUUAGAAAAAAUCCUUUUUGGAUCUACUUUUCAAUUGAUAAUAAGUCGUCGUCAUAAUAAACACUUGUUUUUAAUAGUGGGAGUGUGUUCAAUACCAACAUUGUACGUACGAUUUAUUUGGCUUAGCAUCAAUGUACAGUCAACCAUCUUAUUUGAUAUAAUUGGACAGAACACGCUCCUAUAAGAACAUAUCACAUAUAAACGGCACAGCUCCAACCCAGCAAUUAACUUGUCAUUUAAAUUUGAACUUUAAAUCUUAUGUCGUAUGAUAUAUUUCAUAACGUUAAUACAAAAGAGCUGUAAGCACGCGGUCCGCUCGCGGGCAACGCGCUUACAGCCUUUUUAAAGCCGUGUACGUGCCGUUUAUGUGUGCAAUGACUUUUACUUUACUCGUAUAAAUGAAAGACGUAAACAAAGAUAAGAUACAUAGUUUGUAGGUAUCAAUAUCAGGGAGUUUCUGAGCUUAUGUGGUUCACGUAUAGUCUAAAAUUUUAGAAAAUUUAUACAACGCCAUCUAUCUUCACUAUUUUGAGAUAUUCACUUUUUUGACGAUGUAACCAUCAAAGCUCAUUGCAAACUCCCAAACGGGCACAAGUACUUCAGUUAUAGUAUAUAGCUAAUAUAACAGAGCUCAUAAAUAAUUUAGAUAAUGUUUUUUAUAUAACGAUAAUAUCAAAAAAAUAUGUGCCACACGAAAAAUUGUAAUUAUUUUUAUUAAUUUUUCAUUGAGAUUUUUAUGUGAUUUUUGUAUUUUUCUUGAAGGUUUUUUUCUUUUGCCAAUAAUGACGUUUUAGAAACUAUUGAACAGUGGUUUCUAUUUAUAGUUUUGUAGAUUCUUUACUGAACUGAUAACUUUAAGGUGUUAGUGCGUUAGAUUAUAUUUUUAUAUUCAGUAAAGUAGCAGAUGUAAGUGCGGCAAGACGGUGUGUAUGUGAGGUCCGAAUAAUUUUUAUAUUAAAAAUUACAAGGAACGCAAGUGUGGUAUGGCGUCCAUGUUCUGUUAUUAUUUUAUACCUAAGUAUUAUAGUGAUAUUGUAUUCUUCUUUAUUUUCUAGAAUUAUAAAGAUUUUUUUUAUAUAUAGCGCAAAACGAAUAAAUAUGAUUUUGAUUUAA